GAAGUGACGGCAUCGCGCGGCGGCCGAGCAGGAGGAGGAAGCGGCAUGGCGGCGGCGCCGGCGGCGGCGGCCGGAGGGCAGACGGGCGGGCCGGCGGGGCUGCGCGGGUGGCUGCGGAGCGCUUACCGCUUCGCCACCGAUCGGAACGACUUCCGCAGGAACCUGCUGGUCAACCUGGGGCUGUUCGCCGCUGGAGUUUGGGUCGCCCGAAACCUGACGGACAUCGACCUGAUGGCCCCGCAGCCCGUCCCGUAGCGGCGGAAAGAAACAGCGCUGCAAAGGAAAAGAGCUCGCCCUCCCCGCACACGAGGACCAGAGAUGUGUUUAGCUGAUAUGUUCAUGGGAGUAGGUUCUGUUCUCCUUCUCUGCAGAGCUGCUACUCGCACGUCAAAGCUGUCAUGCCUGAAGCAAUGACAAGGAGGGGAAAACCUCUUUAAGUGUGAGAGGGAGAAUUUCUUUUCAGUUGAUUCUGCAAGGCACAAUGGGAAUAGUUUUCUCAAGGAUGUGAAGCCAUUGUGUGUGGAAUUUUCUUUUGUAUCCCCAUCUAGAUGUUUAUUAAAGUACAUAGAAUAAUGACGUAA